CAAAUGGACCACUGGCAGAACACGGAGCAGCGCGAGGACAAGUACGGCGACCACGGCGGCGACCACCAACAAUACCUGCAGCAAAAGCGCCGAAAGCUCGACGACCAGCGAAGGCGAACGGAAGGGAACUGGUUCGCCGGCUGCGUCGUCUGGAUCGACGGGCUGACGGACCCGCCGGCGGACGACCUCGAGCAGCUAGUCGUGGCGGGCGGCGGCCUCGUCUGCGAUUCUCGGGACCGGCGCGCGACGCACAUCGUGGCGGUCAAUAUGACGGCGGCGCAGACGAAGAAGCUGAAGGCGCGGAAGCGGGGCUUCGCCAAGCCCGCCGUCUGUCCGCAGUGGGUCGUCGACAGCGCGGCGCGGCGCUGCCGGCAGGACCCGGGCCGUAUUUAUUGUGGCGGGCCUCUGGUCCUACAAAUGAAGCGCUGGCCGUCGUGCGCGCGCGGAACAACCUGCGGAAGGCGGGGUUUGGAUCUGAGGCUGUGGAAGAGGUUGUGGAUGACGCGUCGUCGGUGUCGAGUGUAGAGGUGCCUCCGGAAGAAGAAUAUGUGCAAGGGCCGUCGUUAUUAGGGCGCGUCGAAUCCUGGGCCGCGGUCGGCCCCGCCGUCGCCAUGUUCCUUGGACGGGCGGAUCCCGAGAACCGCGCGACCGUUUUAUGCUAUUGGAGCUCGCGUCGGAGCUCGUCGAGCGGUCGCGGCUGGAGGACGUGGAGGGGCUCAUGCGCCUGCUGGAGGAGCACGCCACCGCGCACCCGCCGUGGCGGAAAUCCGCGCGCCUUUUGUUUGACCUCGUUUCGUUCCUCGUGAAGGACCGCGCGGCCGAGCUCGCGGUCCUGCGGGCGCGGCCUGACUGGUUCUUCCUGGGGACGCCGUCGCAGUAG